AUGGCGUUAAAGCCACAUUUCAACCAUUUCAUGUUCGAUAAUUUUCGAUUGUUGAUCAAACGUGAUACUAAUUCGUCAUACUUCAUUUUUAAAAAAAACCAAAAUGACACCACCAAUGGAAAGAAUACAGAUUCUUGAAACAAUUGAAAAAGAUAUUAUAGUGUGUUUACAAAGUGCAGGACAAGCUUUCGUAGAGCUUAGUAAAGAAAAAUCUAGUUUAAAACAAGCUGAAGCACAAACUCAACAAUUUUUGAAGACAUUAGGACAUGUGGAAUCUAAAUUAAGUGAACAAAUUAAUUAUUUAACUCAAGUUUCCACAGGACAACCACAUGAAGGUUCUGGAUAUGCCAGUCAAAAAGUAUUACAAAUGGCAUGGCAUAGGUUAGAACAUGCACGAAGCAGAGUAAAUGAAUUAGAACGUAUCAAAAACAAAUCAAGAUGAACAUAUCCAAUCAUCUUUCUCAAUUAUUUUCAAUGUAUCAAUCAUAAAUGUUUUAAUUGAAAAUUAUUAGUUUUUAUAUAUGUACAAAUAAUAUAAAACAUUUAAUUCAUUUAUAAUAAAUAUAUUUGUAAUUUUCAUGCAAACAACAUAAGUAUCUACAAUGAAUGAAAAUUUCAAAAAUUGUAUUAUAUUAAAUAAUUCAAUUAGUUA